AUUUCAGAUUCCUCGAACCAAGCAAAGCAAACUGCAGCUCUCUUAUGUUCUAGAACCAAGUUAUUUACAGUAUACAUUGUGGACUCAGUGGCUUUUGGACACACUGGUUUCUUUUAAACCCAGAAGAUGACUUUCAGGUCACAAUUAACAAGCUCCUGGCCGCUGCCCAGAUUGCUGGGUUCCCUGUUGCUGCUGAUUUUGGUGGGUGUCCAGGAAUCAAAGGCAGAAGUCAUUUACACAGCUAAUUUAAACUAUACCUAUGUGUUGGAGAACAGGAGCUUCACAGAAAAUGGAGAGUUUGGGGUGUUUGGAAAUGAUUCUCCUGUGAGCAGGGCAUCUGGACUGAUGGUCUUGCCCAGGAGGUCUCAUGGAAGUCAUGGAAGCACGUCCUACACUGCCUGCUCACCCAAUGCUAACUUUACUGUACCUUCCUCUUGGACUGGCCCUUGGAUAGCCCUGAUCCAGAGAGGUGGUGGUUGUACCUUUGCUGAAAAAAUCAAGGCUGCAGCAGAUAAUGGAGCCGUUGCUGUGAUUAUCUACAACAAUGAUGGGUCUACCAGCAAUGAGGUCAUUGAAAUGUCCCACCCUGGUACAGGGAGAACUGUUGCCAUUAUGAUUGGUAAUGAAAAAGGAAAUGAGAUUAUAAGCCUGCUUACUAAAGGCAUCCAGGUGCACAUGAUCAUAGAGGAGGGGAAGAAACACGGAUCUUGGAUUAACCACUACUCCAUCUUUUUCGUGUCCGUGUCUUUCUUCAUUGUCACAGCGGCCACCGUUGGAUAUUUCGUCUUCUACUCUGCUCGCAGGUGGCGUGUUGCACGGGCUCAGAAUCAGAAACAGAGAAAGUUAAAAGACGAAGCUAACAAUGCAAUCAAUCAACUUCAGUUGCGUACAAUCAAGCAAGGCGAUAAGGUGCUUGGACCCGAUGGGGAUAGCUGUGCUGUGUGUAUUGAUACCUACAAGGCUAAUGAUGUUGUGCGCAUUUUAACAUGCAACCACUUCUUCCACAAGAAUUGCAUUGACCCCUGGCUACUUGAACACCGAACAUGUCCAAUGUGCAAGUGUGACAUUUUGAAAUCACUAGGAAUUGCGCCUACUGAAGAGCAAGAGACCGGUUUGGCCAUUGCCUCUGUUUCCAGUGAUCUCCAGAGAAGCACAGUGCAGGUAGAAGAUGAGACUCGCAGUGACAAUGCAUCGUCUGGAUAUGCCUCUGUUCGAGGGAUUGAUGAGCCAGCUGAAGAUGCAGAAGCCGCAUAUGAAAACAUAGAUCUCGUAAGCAACGAGUCCUCCGUCGUUACAGCUAUUGAGGUUCUUCCACACAUGGACAACCCAACGUUUGAAAUAGAGGACAACCCUGGUCGGGUGAACAGGUCAUGAGUUUCAGAACGAGAAGACAAUGCCGUGGAGUCCCUUCAACCAAAAUCGCUCAUUUUGAGUCAGACUCAAGUUUAGUUUGUGUUCUUUGAUACACUUUUGACAAAACAAUAAUUAUAUUCCGUUACUAAUAGAAGAAUAGAAAAAAAAAUGUAUACUUUAUAUAAAGGCCUGUAACUUAUACAGAUAAUAUAACGGAAAUCCUAUGCAUUCUGCAAAUAGCAAACAUUAAUGGUGCAAAGAAUUAUAUUCAUCUUUUUGUAAUCUUUUAAGGAAAAACAUAUUUCUAAUUUUAAGACUAACCAGAAGUGAAGCUUUGGAUAAGUGCAUAUUUUUAAUGAACCCAGAAAAGCUU